AUGGUGCGCCGCUCUUCACGCCUCGCCCAAGCCGCGAUACCGCAGAUCCCCCCGGCCUCGGCCACUGCCAAGCCGUCAUCAAAGAGACCAGCUCGCUCGGCAACGUCUUCCAACACGUCGUCGCCAAAGAAAUCGGGAACCAUUGCCACGGACAUUCCAACUCUUUUCUUUGCAGACGCCCAAGCAUUCCGGCGAUACAUGAUUAAAGUCGGCGUGACUGCUCCAGGAAUCUGGCUCAAAAUUGCCAAGAAGAGUUCUAUGAUCCCCAGCGUCACCUACGACGAGGCCAUUGACGAAGCCCUCUGCUGCGGCUGGAUCGACGGCCAGCGGCGGCGCGCGCUCGACAACGACGACGACGACGCGCGGUAUUACUUUUUGCAGCGCUUCACGCCGCGGCGGCGCAGGUCUACGUGGUCGCAGCGCAACGUGGAUAAAGUCGCCGCCUUGGCUGCGGUCGCCGGCCGGAUGCUGCCGGCCGGCCUCGCAGAGGUGGACGCGGCCAAGGCGGACGGGCGCUGGGAAAAGGCGUAUGCGGGGUCGGCGACGAUGGAGGUGCCGGCUGAUUUUCGCGCGUUGCUGGAUGCGAGGCCGAGAGCGGCCAAGGUGUUUGACGACGAGAUGAGCAAGGCGGCGAGGUAUACGUUUUUGCAGCGCCUGCAGACGGUGAAGAAGGAGGAGACGAGGACGAGGAAGAUGGCCGAGUUUGUAGAGUUGCUAGACAGAGGCGAUACAUUGUAA